AUGUUUAUGACCGUGACAGCAAAAAGAAAAGAAAUAGAUAAGGCGUUGAUUUUAAUGGUUUGUAAAGACUUCCAACCUUUUUCUAUUGUUGAAGACACAGGAUUCCAAAAUCUAGUUAAAAUACUUGAUCCAAGGUAUGUAUUACCAAGUAGGCCAACGUUAAGAGACUCUCUAUUAAAGCAAAAUUAUGAAAUAUGUAAAGAAAAAUUAUUUGCUCUACUUCAAAAUGUUUGUCAUGUUAGUUUGACAUGCGAUUUGUGGUCUUCCAGAGCAAAUGAAAGUUUUCUAACAGUUACUUGUCAUUUUAUUGAUAAAGACUAUAAAAUUCAUUGUACAGUUUUGUCCACUAACAAAAUGGACAUUAAUCAUACUAGUGAGAAUAUUGCAACAGAAAUAAACCUAAUAAUAAAAGAUUGGGAUAUUGUUAAUAAAGUUGUUACAAUAGUAACAGACAACGCAUCUUCAAUGAUUAAAGCUUGUCAAAUACUAAAAAUACGUCACCUUCCUUGUUUUGCUCACACACUAAAUUUGGUCGUCCAAGAUUCAUUAAAACUUAAAGAAGUUGAUUGUGUUAUAAAAAAAUGUAAAAGUUUGGUGACUUAUUUUAAAAACAGUAACAUAGCAACACAUAAGCUAAUAACUGAGCAAGAAAAUCAAAACAAAAAGCCUCUAAAAGUUAUUCAGGAAGUUCCUACAAGGUGGAACAGCAUGUAUCAUAUGAUAAAAAGAAUACUAGAACUUAAGAAUGAUAUAACAAUUGUAUUAUUAAGAAUGCCUAAUGCACCUACAGUUUUAAAUUUAGAAGACAGUUUGGGUCUACAAGAUUUAAUUGAAAUAUUGAGUUGUUUUGAUGAUGCAACCAAAAAAGUAUCAGGUAAUUAUGUUACCAAGUCAUUGAUUAUACCUUUAGUGUAUGGUAUUUAUAAUCAUCUUAUUAAUCUACAACCAAGUACUUCAGAAGGAAAGAUUAUACUACAAAAGACAGUUGAAAGUGUUAAAACAAGAUUAUUUAAUUAUGAGGAACAGCGAAAUGUCUAUGAAGAAUCAUUACUACCCCAAAAUCCAGAGGAAAGUUAUGAUACUACAGAAUCGGCAUCUAACUCUGGUAAAUCAUUAUUUGAUUUUAUAGAGACAAGAAUAGCUGAAAAGAGUAAAAAUAGGACAGUGACUGCCAAUUCAAUCAUUUAUUUAAAAGAAUACACGGAACGUCCUAAUAUAAAUAAUGAUAUGGAUCCUUUAAUAUUCUGGAAUAUUAAUAAAGAUAGUCUUGGGACUAUUCCUACUUGUGCUAAAAAAUUCUUAUGUGUUCCUGCCACUUCAGUCCCAUCUGAAAGGAUAUUCAGUAAGGCUGGUAUAGUUGUUUCAGACAGGCGGUCUAGAUUAAAAGCUAAAAAUGAAAAUAUGUUGAUAUUUAUAAAUCAAAAUGAUUGGUUAUUAUAA